CAGCUGAUCCGGAAAUAAUUGGUUGGCAUUAGCAACGUUUCGGCCGAGUCAGGCCUGAAUACAUAGAUAACAGAAGAAAGAAAAACACAGACAGAAAACACGUUGAAGAACAGCAUACUAUUCUGUUGAGCCUCAUAUUAAGAUUGUGAGGCAACUGACAUUAACAGAAUGACUAGCUCUUCUACUCCUAGAAUGCACACAUACAAGAGGACUUCCAGCCCUCGCUCACCAACGAAUACAGGAGAGAUUUUCACACCAGCACAUGAAGAAAAUGUGCGCUUUAUCUAUGACACAUGGCUUUGUGUUUUGAGAGACAUUAAAUCCCCACAAAAUAGUGAACGUAAUGACCGUGGACCACAGGAGUAUGUGGAGAAAACCCCAAAUCCCAACCUACGUUCUUUUAUACCAGUUGACCUGAGUGACCUUAAGAAGCGGAACACACAAGACUUCAAGAAGUCUUAGACUGUUUCUUGGCUUUUUGGGAUCUAGCAGUUUUUUUUUUUUUGUCCUUCCUAUUACAUUUGGGACCGUUUUACUUUGCCAAUCUUCUGUCGGACGACAAAAAGCCACAAGCCAGGAUAUUUGGCCACCUUAGUCCAGAAAGCCUUUCUCUACUCAGCCUCAUGGACCUGCAGUCUGGACUUACAGGCUGACAUCUAUUUAUGCGUUAUAUUUCCAAGAGCCAUUUGAGGGGCCAUUUUAUGUUCAUCUGGGCUCUCGGUUGCAGAAAAGCCCUGAUGUGAAGUUUCAGGAAUUUUUUUUUUUUUUCUGGUACUGGUUUUGGGUUUAGAUAUUUCUUCAUGUGCAUUUUUUCUUUUAUUUUUGAUGUUGAUAUGACAGAGGGGAAAUGCCAAGAACAGUUGCUUAUCCUAUUGAACAGACUCCACGCAAACUUUCUCAAAAUGGGAUACAGUCCUGUAAUCUGCUCCUUGUUCAAAACACAUUCAUUACCUUGAGGAGAGUAUUGAAGGGCUGUUCAGUUAGUUUGAUAGAUUGAUGAAAUAUAGUAAGUUUUGUCUGAUAGCAGAGGCAAGUUUGGCUCGCCAAAAAUAUUUUUAGUGUGUGUAUAUAUAUAUAUAUAUACACACCUCCAUUUUUAACUAUGAACUGAUACCUUCAAGAACUUUAAGUAAAUGUUUCCACAUCUUUCGUUCCCAGUCUUUAAAAUAAAAGUAAAAUAAAGAUUACUUUUAUGUUAUCUUAACCUCUCUGCAUUAUAUUUAUCAAGUUGCAUCUCUUUAAAGAGACUAUAAAAUCAAAAGCGAAGCUUUGUGACUUUUAGUUAAUUUCUGCUGGCUUUGAAGCCAAUAUCAUGACCCAUUUUCACUCCUCUGCACACUUUCUGAGAUGAUAUGGUUUAUAAGAACAUAAAUAAUUCUUGAAAACCAAUCUACAUAAGCUCUGUGUAUCUUAUUAUUCACCAAUUCUACCUAUUAAUGGUGGCCUUUGUCAGUAUAUUUUAGUUCAUUUACUGACACUUCUGUUUCUAUGGAAGAAGAAUUGUUUGCUGUUUGGGUGUCAGGACAAAUCAGACAAAAGUUUUGACAAUUGAACAUUAGGAUUUAAAAAAUGAAUAUUGGAUUUUAAUCACUCUGGAAAUCUAGAACAAAUUCUAAAGUCACAGAUUGUUUUUCUGUUUAAAACAGUUAAUCAGGGAAUAAUAAGAACCUUUGCUCAUUUUGCAUUAGUUACACAUAUAAAAAAUAUAUAUAACCUAUAUAUUCCCAUAAAAAUAGUUCACAAAUAUUAAAGUUUUCAGCUGUUUUAGUACAGAUUCAAAUAGAUAAAAUGCAAAUAAAGACAGAAAGAUAAAAACAUGAAACGAUCACUCUAGAGAUCAAUUAACUGUAAUUAAGUGUAUUUAGGAAGCCACUAAUUAUACACAACUUGUUUUCAGCAUAUUUUGUUUUGGGGUGAAUUUUGUUUGACUUUAGCAAAUAAUGGCAGUCAAUUGGAAGAUCUUUAUUUUUGAGCAUACUUUUCUUUGCUGUGACAUACAGUUUUUUUUUCCCCACCAAAACUUUUGUUGUGGUACAGUUCAGAGCAUCCGCUAGUACUGUUAUGUGUAGUAAAAAAAAAAAAAAAAUCAUUUAAUUGCUUUAAACAAACGUUACAUUUCUUCUACACUGGUUCUCGGAGGUCUAAGUGAAUACUUUGAAAAUUCCAGCUGUAUUCGUUUCUUUUUUCUUUUCUUGUUUGUAGAUUUUGAACUUAUAUCGAGAUAAUGCUUUAUCUCCAUUGUGAAGGAAGGCUUACAAUUAGUGUAUUUGCAUUGAUGGACGCAGGGGCGUAGCAGUCAUUUCAAAAGUGAGGGGGACAGAACGAUUAGCGCAAGACUUACAUAAAUAUAUAAGAUAUAUUUUUAAGGCUCUCAAUCGAUUAAACAUUUUUAUUGAGUUAAUUACACGAUUGACCAGUGAAUUUUAACUUUUGCAUUUAUACAUUUGCCGUAUGAAAAAGUGGGGGGACAAACUUUGGUUUUAUUGAAAGUGAGGGGGACGUAUCUCCCCAUCCCCAUCCCCAUCAUCUACCCAUGAAUGGACGUUACCUUUAUA